UAAAGUAAGUGAAUUAAUCGAUAAAAAUUCAAGACUAGAGCAAAAUAGUUUACAAAAUUCCAAAACUGUAAAAGAAUUAGAGGAAACUACUCACUAUCUUGCAAAUGCGGAAUCUUCUUACAAGGAAUUAAUUGAAAAACAUCAGCAAUUGGUUACUAAAAAUCAACAACUAUCUAAUGAAAUUGCCGCUAUUCGCUCUAAAGUGGAAGAUCUUGAAGCUAAUAAUAGAACAGUCACCCUAGAAAAAGAAAAGAUUGCAGAAAAACUGAAGAAAGCUAAUGAUGAAAUGAGACGACUUCGGAAUGAAAACACAAUAGUAAACAAUAAAAUGAUUGAAUUGGAGAAUGAACGUGAUAAACUUGCUAAUACCGUUUCUACAGUGAAAACAUAUUGGGAAAAAAAUUAUAAAGACUUACAAAUUCAGUUGCAAGAAAUGGAAUCUCAAAGAGACAAAUUGGAUAAUGAGUUAACAAAAAUUAAAUCUGAUUAUAAUGAAAAGGUGAAAGCUUUUGAAGAGUUAACAAAUAAUGUAGAGAUUAUUGAAAAACAAAAAGUAUCUCUAUCAAAAUUGUUGGAAGAUCACCAAAAUAGUAUGCAAACUUUUAUGAAAGAAAAUGCAGCUGAACGAGAAACUUGGAAUCGAAAAGAGGCCGAUCUUGUUUCUAAUUAUGAACUUGAGCUGAGAGAAAAAGAUUCAACAUUAGAAGAACUUUAUGAUAAAUUAGAUCAUACAAGGAAACAUUCCGAAGAAUUAGAAGAACUUUUACAAGAAGCUAAAGAAGCCGAAACAAACCAGUUAGAAUUAUCACAAAAAUUAGAAGCAGCAUUGCAAGAAUGUGUGAAUAAGGAUAUUGAAAUUUCAAACCUUGAAAUGUUUAAAAAACAGUCACAAGCUCGUAUUGAUAGUCUUGAGUCUUCAACAAAUCGCUUAACUACGAAAUUGCGUGCUUUUGAAACUGAUGCUGAACAAGCAAAACGAAAUGCGGAUGCAAAAAUAAAUGACCUCCAAAACAGACUUAAAGAUUCAAUGACAGAGAUCGAAGAUUUACAUAAUCAAGUCUCGGAUCUUAAGCAUAAUCUUAUUGAAAAAGAAGCUAUGGUAUUAAAUCAUUCCCGUUCUUCAAGUCGCGAUGGUCCCAAAAGUCCAAUUAUAGACACUUCUAAAAUAGCUAGUCUCACGAUGCAAAUUGAAGAAUAUAAAGCUACACAUCAGAAUCUCGAAGCUCAGAUUGCAACUCUUACCCAACAACUUCAAGAAUUUCACCAAGAAAAAAACUCAACAAUAACAGCAUUUGAACAUUCCAUAACACAAGCAGAAAAAACAGUAGGUGGUCUUCGUGAUAAAAUUAAAACUAUGGCAAUUGAACACGAAGAAGAAAAGAAACAGAUCUUUAAAAAACAUCAAUUAUCAAUACAAGAGCUUAACAAGCAGAAAGAAGAUGAAAUUGUUAAAAUAACCGAAUUUACACAAUCACGAUUGGCAGAACUUGAAAAACGUCAACGUAAUAUAACUACAACAAAUACUACAGAUCGGUUUAAUAAUGAUGACGCGAAGAAAGUGGAUAUACUGGAAAAACGGUUAUCAGAAUUAGAGAAUUCGUUAAGGGAGUCGCGUUUUGAAUGUAAUAAAUUGAAUGAAAAAAUUAUGAAUGUGCAACAAAGGUUUGCAGAUUCUAUAAGUGAAAAAGAUAAGGUAAUGAAAGAAAGAAAUGAUAUGGAAAAGAAAAUAAAAUCUAUGGAUGCAGAAUUAAAAGAGGUACUUGCCAAAAAUAUGGAAUUAGUAACAAACAUGAGCAAUUAUAAAUAACGAAAAUUGGCGGCGAAGCAUUAAUUUAAUUGUUAACUUAUUCGAUUUUAAUUAAUUAAUUUGUAUUUUAAUUUAGCAUUUUUUUUUAUUUACUACAUGUAUUUUAGCAUCAAUCAUUAAUUUGUGUAAAUGUAAGCGUAAAGUAAUAACUACAUUUUUUUAGAAAUUAUAAUUAAUUCACAUAUUGUAAGUUUUAGAUAGAGGGUUGGAUUGUAAAUGCUGCGAAGUGCCGCAUAUGAUUUAAAACCGUGUAAAAAUAUGUAUAAUUAAAGUUUAUAAGU